AUGCAAUCUCUAUUUGUAAAGUGGCUAGAAAAUGUCAACAAAGACCAGCUACAAUCAAAUGUUCCUAAUGUCGUUAUGGUUAAACUUACCGACUCUGUUAUUCCUGUGAUUCAUAAAUUCACAAUCGCACAGGGCCCCAUUGACUAAUAACACAAAACAGAAAUCAUUCCCUAUCAAGAAAUGUAUCAAAAGAAUUAGAACUUUGUUCCAGCUCCCUCUAAAUUCGAACAAUCAAAUUAAAUUAAAAAGAAUGACUUUAAAGCUCAACCACCAACCAAGGAUUAUUUAUCUAGUGAAACAAGGAAACCUGAUUAUUCUAAAACUAUUGAUGUUAAUAGGAAACCAGAAUAUCCAGAAAAGAAACAUGAUUAUCUAGAUAAAAAACUUGAUAGCCAUGACAAAAGAUAUGAUUAGCAAUACUCAGGUUUUGAUAAAAAAUAGUACACAUCCAAUCAAAAGCCUUAAGAGAUUGAUAGACCUAGUUAAUCAGUUAUGAAUCAAUUAAAAGAUGAAUAACAAUAAACAGAGAGACUAAGAGCUGAGUUGAAUAUGGCAAAAGAUAGAGAAAAGGACUUUUAAAAGCGUUUGUCUAAGUUAGAAUAGGAUUACGAAUCAAAACAUAGAGAAGAUAAACAAAAAAUCUAAUAAUUAUAAGAUGAAAAUAAAAACUUAAAUUAAAAACUCAAUUAAGCUAAUAGGCAUUUGCAAGAUGAAAUCAAUAAGGUGAGACAAUAGUACGAAUCCUAACUGAACGAACUUGAACAAGCUUACAAUGAGAAAGAAUAACAGUUGGAAUAGAUAACACAAGAAUUUAAUUUAGAAGAUAUAUAAAAAAAAAUCGAAGAACUACAAUAAGAGUCAGAUAUGAAAGAUCAAAUUAUUGAAUAAUACUAAUAGUAGCUUCAAGAUAUGUAAGAAGCAAUUCAAUAAAUUCAAGAGGAGUAAGCAAACAAUAGUAGAAAUACAAGAAAUCAAUUCUCAUCUAAUAAGAAAUUAUCAAAGAGUUAAGAUAACGAUAAGGAUCAAAUGAUUUAGUAAUUAUCACAAUAGCUUGAAGCAAAAGAUGAGGAUUGUAGAAGAUUAGAGGACUUGAUAGAAAAUUUUAAGCCCUUAUAUUAAAAUUUAAGUGACGAAAAAUAACAAUUAUAAGAGGAAGUUGAGAAACUAGCGAAUGAAAACAAUCAAUUUAGAGAAAUCUUUAGUUAAAACUUACACUUAUUUGGAAUUGACCCUGAGUAAUUGAAUGAAGAAGGUGAGGAAGGAGAAGGAGAAGGCGAGUAUCCUGAAGAAAUUGCUGAGGAAAAUGAUGAUCAAAAUGAUUGAACAAUUUUACCUAUAUCAUUUUCAAAACGAUUUU